UGCGUCCUCCCGCUCGGCAGGGGGAGCUGCCGUCGCCGGGGCGCGCGCGGAGCGCCGCCGCUCCGCCGCCAUCUCCUCGUCUGAUCCCGUAAAGGUGUCGCGCAGGUUCCGCCCGGGCUCGUCAUUCAGCCGCCCCGGGCCUGGCGCCGCCGCCGCCGGCCUCCUCCUCCUCGGCCCGCCCCCGCGCUGCCGCCGGCCGGCCGGCGCGAGCGGCGCCUCGGCGGGCGCCGGCUGCCUUCCCCGCCCCGCUCCUCCCUCCCUCCCUCCCGGCCGCCGCCGGCCGGGCCGCGGAGCGCCGCCGCCGCCGGGGUGUGAGCGGGGCCCGGCGCCGUGCCGUGCCGUCCCCUCGCCGGCGGCGCCAUGGCCGCGAGCGCCAAGCGGAAGCAGGAGGAGAAGCACCUGAAGCUGCUGCGGGAGAUGAGCAGCCUCCCGCCCAACCGCAAGUGCUUCGACUGCGACCAGCGCGGCCCCACCUACACCGACAUGACGGUGGGCAGCUUCGUGUGCACCUCCUGCUCCGGCAUCCUACGGGGCUUGAAUCCACCCCACAGAGUGAAGUCAAUUUCAAUGACUACUUUCACACAACAGGAAAUAGAAUUUCUGCAGAAACAUGGAAAUGAAGUUUUUUUGAUAUAUAUAUAUAAGGUGUGCAAACAGAUUUGGCUAGGACUAUUCGAUGACAGAUCAUCAGCAAUUCCAGACUUCAGGGAUCCACAGAAAGUAAAGGAAUUUCUACAGGAAAAAUAUGAAAAGAAAAGAUGGUAUGUUCCUCCAGAGCAAGCAAAGGUUGUGGCAUCAGUCCAUGCAUCCAUAUCGGGGUCUUCUGCUAGUAGUACAAGCAGCACACCUGAGGUGAAGCCACUUAAAUCUCUUUUGGGAGAAGCUGCACCAGCACUGCACUUAAACAAGGGCACACCUAGUCAAUCUCCUGUUGUAGUUCGAUCUCAAGGACAGCAGCAACAAGAAAAGAAACAAUUCGAUCUCCUCAGUGACCUUGGCUCAGAUAUCUUUGCUGCUCCUGCUCCUCAUUCAACAGCUACAGCGAAUUUUGCUAACUUUGCACACUUCAACAGUCAUACAGCGCAGAGCUCUGCAAAUGCAGGUUUUGCAAACUUUGAUGCAUUUGGACAGUCUAGUGGCUCGAGUAAUUUUGGAGGUUUCCCCACAGCAAGUCAGUCUUCUUUUCUGCCCCAAAAUACAGGUGGAAGUGCUGGAUCAGUGAAUGCUAACUUUGCUCACUUUGAUAACUUCCCCAAAUCCUCCAGUGCUGAUUUUGGAGCCUUCAGUGCUUCUCAGAGCAACACAACGGCAACUGCAGUCAGUAAAGCUGCAGUGAAUAAACCGAAUCUCCAGUCAGCAGACAAAUAUGCAGCUCUUGCUAAUUUAGAUAAUAUCUUCAGCACAGGGCAAGGUGGUAGCGAGCAAGGAAGUGGCUUCAGCACUGUAGUGACAGCAUCAGCAGGUCCUGCUUUGUCAGCCCCAAGUCAGUCAAGUGCAUCUUCAGACAAGUAUGCGGCUCUAGCAGAAUUAGACAGCGUAUUCAGCUCCACAGCAACUUCUAGUAAUGCAUAUACUUCCACCAGUAAUGUUAGCAGCAAUGCUUUUGGAACAGUACCUGUGGCUGCUACUGCACAGACACAGCCUGCAUCUUCGAGUGUGCCUGCUCCAUUUGGAGCAACACCUUCCACAAAUCCAUUUGUAGCGGCCCCUGUUGCCCCAGUGGCGCCUUCAACAAAUCCAUUCCAGACAAACAGCCGAGGAGCAACAGCAGCAACAUUUGGCACUGCAUCCAUGAGCAUGCCUGCAGGAUUUGGAACUCCUGCCUCCUACAGUCUUCCUACUAGUUUUAGUGGCAACUUCCAGCAGCCUGCAUUCCCAGCCCAGGCAGCUUUCCCUCAACAGACUGCUUUUGCUCAGCAGCCAAAUGGAGCAGGUUUUGCUGCAUUUGGACAGGCAAAGCCUGUAGUAACUCCUUUUGGACAAGUUGCAGCUGUUGGAGUAUCUAGUAACCCUUUUAUGGCUGGUGCACCAACGGGACAAUUUCCAACAGGAAGCUCAUCAACCAAUCCUUUCUUAUAGCCUUAUAGACACUUUACCCAAAAGAACUCUUAUGUGGUCACAUAACAUCUCUGCGCCUCUUGCACUGUUGUCUUGUUUCACUGAUAUUAGCUUUAAACACAAAAAAAGUCUUUAAAAAGUAAAAAUAAAAGCCUGCAUUGUGUACCUUAGGAAGAAAAACACAAAACAAAAACAAAGCCACCCCCCACCAGGUAAUGAUGUGCAAAACAGAGGGCUGUGGUAACAUCCUUGAACCUGUGAAUUGGCAGGUAAAAAGUAGCGGUAUCAUGUAUAUUAAAAUUGGCUAAUAAGUUAUUGCAGAUACCACAUUCAUUAUGCUGCAGUACUGUACAUAUUUUUCUUAGAAAAUAGCUAUUUGUGCAUAUCAGUAUUUGUAACUUUAACACAUUGUUAUGUGAAAAAUGUUACUGGGAAAUAGAUCAGCCACUUUAAGGUGCUGUUGUAUCUCUUGGAAUGAAUGAGCUACAUCAUUUUAACCAUUGGUAUUGGAAGUCAUGAAGUUAAAUUGAAGGUUUGGUCAUUUCUCAAAAUGUUUUCCUUUCCUAAGAGCUCUUCUAUUUAUACAUGCCUAAAUCUCUAAUGUUAGAGGGAUACCUGUCUGCAUAAUAAAGCUGAUCAUGUUUUGCUACAGUUUGCAGGUGAAAAAAAUAAAUACUAGAAAAAACAA